AUGCCCGGCAGCUUACAAGGCCAAUAUAUCAAACUCGAAGUUAUCGGCGGAAAAAAUCUUCAAGUUCCCUCCUGGCGCAUUCCCGCUGGAAUCUCCAUAUUCAUCAAUGUUGACUCGAGGAGAGGCUGGAAAUCAGUCAUUGGAGUCCUGUCAUCUGACGAAUCAGUAGCGUGGGGCGAUACCGUGAUCCUAUCAUUAGACGCAUCACCCGAAUUAUCAGUGGAGAUCAGAGCGUCCUUCGAGUUCGAUCGAAUGCUGGGCAAUGGAGAAGUCGUUGGAAAACUUGAGAUAUCAUGGGAUGCACUGCUCGAUCAUGGAAAUGAGCCUUUCGACAUCUCAUUCCCGCCCGUUCAUGGUGUUCACCCUUCCCUCACGCUGAAGGCCGCUGUUCUACAUCCUUGCGACAAUCAUGACAGUGUAGUGCUUGACUCCAUCGUUGAAAGUGAGACUGCUCGAGAGACGGAUGCGGGCCAUGAACGAUUUGCCACAUACGUGACAAGCAAGACGGUCUCUCACCUGAAUGAUGCCGUACAGCAAUUUCAGUUGGUCCUGGACCAAUGUCCGGUCGGCCAUCCUGAUCACGCAGGGGCUCUCACCAACCUUGCGUGGGCCCGCCUUGAAGGCUACAUCGAAAACGAUCUUCAAGACAUCGACUAUAUCACUUCUCUCUUCCGCGAAGCCCUUGCAUUGCGUCCGCAGGGCCACCCCGAUCAUCCAUCAUCUAUCUAUCACCUCAUUAAAACAUUGACCUGGUGCUACAGCAAGGAGAACUUCACCGCCGUCUAUAUCCAGGAAUCCGUGCAACUGUGCUGCAAUUUAUUGCUGCUCUGUCCAGAGGGCACCUACCUUUGUAGCAUCGCGGCAGAUGACGUCGAUUAUGUGAUCCGCGAAUGCAACGAUCUUCCAAUAGAUGCAUCCGAUGAAGGCAUCCACCUUCGACGAGUUGUACUCGAGCUCUGUCCUCUGGGCAACGAGCACCGUCCAAAUGCACUCGACAUGCUUGCACGGGCUCUCCGCACACGCUUUGAACAAUGCGGCAGUAUUGACGAUCUAGACGAGUGCAUCCAACGCAGUCGUGAAGCCGUUUCUUUGUGCCCCGAGGGAGAUUCUGAACGCCAUUCCUACCUGAAUUACUUGGCCUCGUCGCUCCAGUCCCACUUCAAUCACCAAGGCAAAUAUCACGACCUCAACGAGGCCAUCUCUUUGCACGAAGAGGCGCUGCGCUUGUGCCCUGUUGGGCACAAAUAUCGUGAUUUCUCAUUAAACAACCUAGGAGACGCCCUCUUCAUCCGUUUCCACCAACGUGGUGAUGUUAACGAUAUCAACAGAGCUGUCAGCCUCCAGCGCGAAGCACUGACGUUGCGCCCGCCUGAGAAUCCAGAUCGUGAUUCCACACUCAAUAACCUUGCCAACACGCUCAGAUCCAGAUAUGACAAAUUGGAUGUCGGCGAAGGUCUCAACGAGGCCAUUGACCUGUACCGGGAUUCACUUCAGUUAAGGCCGCACGGGCAUCCACUUCAUCAUCAAGCUCUUUACAAUUUGAGCGCAGUGCUCUGCUCUCGCUUCACCCAAACCCAGAAGGAUGAGGAUGUCGAGGAGGCCAUUCAACUGUGCCAAGAAUCGUUGGAGGCUUUGCCUUCACUGCACCCGGAUAGAUAUUUCAGCUACGUGGGGUUGCAGGAAGCCUAUUCGUCUCGUUACAGAGUGCAACGCAAGUCUGCUGAUUUGUCGCUCGCCGUAGAGAACUUCAGACUGGCAUCGCGACAUCCUACGCAAGGCUUUCCAAACCGCAUUCUGACAGCCCGGAACUGGGUCAUCGCAGCAGAGCAGCAUGGUCACCCAUCUGCGCUGGAGGCCUACAUCACAUUUUUCGACCUUCUUGAUCGUCACUUGGCAUCACGGUCAUCGGCAAUUUCACGACACGAGGCUGUAACUGCUUUUCUUGGCGUCCGAUCACUGCCAGCAGAUGCGGCAUCAUGUGCCAUACAUCGUGAUGAUCUGCGAGGAGCAGUUGAACUCCUGGAGCAGGGUCGUGGUCAACAGUGGUCGCUGGCCUCGCGGCUCAGGACUCCGCUGGAAGAUCUCGAGUCUACGAAUCCCAACCUAGCUGACAAGUUCUCGGAGCUGAGCAAGUGUCUGUCCGAGACUCAUGGUCCCACAGUCAGCACAGACAGAGCUGCUGCUGACCAGGCAGAAACAGAGUACAGGAAACUUACCGAGCAGUGGGGAGGUGUGGUAGCUGAAAUCCGUGAUCUUAAAGGUUUCUCGAGAUUCCUGCUUCCGCCUACGUAUGAAGACUUGCAAGCGGCAGCGCGUCAUGGCCCAGUCAUCAUCCUCGUUGCGAGUCAAUACUCGUGCAGCGCCAUCAUCGUCCCGACAUCAGGAGACCCCCAUCAUGUUCCCUUGGCGUCUAUCACUCUUACAGAUCUGAAGAAUCUUAAGGAUCGCUUUGCCAGGGCAAUACGACAAUCAUCUCGGAUGAGACCGGCGGAGUCGAGGACGGAUCUAAUAGUACUCUCGCGGACAAUAUGGGAAGAGAUCAUGCUACCAAUCGUCAACGUACUGGAGCAUGUCCUUAAGCUCAAGCGCCAAUCUCGAAUCUGGCUGUGUCCGACUGCAGCGUUCACGUCCAUUCCUCUCCACGCAGCUCACCCGUUUCAAACAAAGGCAGAUCGCUCUGGGAAGGAGCCAUGCCUGGAAGAUCUCUACAUUUGUUCUUACACGCCAACACUUUCGGCUUUGAUUAGAUCUAGGCAAUUGAUGAAGAAACGUGUCCCUCCAUCUUUCGUUGCGAUCGGACAGGGUCAACCGCGUGCAGGGAAAAGCAAGGAACUCUUGGCCGUCGACAGCGAGAUCGAGCUUGUCCGAAAGCUCGUUCCUGCGACGGUCAACCGUAACACUAUUUCUGGCGAUGCAGCCACACGAGCAGGUGCACUCCAAGCAUUGGAAGAGAACACCUGGGUGCACCUUGCCUGUCAUGGAAAGCAGGACCGGGAGCAGCCUUACAAUUCUCACUUCGUCAUGAAAGAUGAACCUAUCACGCUACUUGAUAUCAUGGAGAAAGACAUUCCUCACGCCGAGUUCGCAUUCUUAUCAGCGUGUCAUACCGCCGUCGGCGAUGAGGAGACACCCGACGAGGUGAUUCACCUCGCGGCUGGACUGCAAUUUUCAGGGUUCAAGAGCGUCAUUGGCACGCUGUGGGAGGUCGACGACGCUGUCGCAAAACAUGUUGUCAAAGCUUUCUACGAGAAUACGUUCAAGGAUUUAGAGGACAGUGGUGAGAUUGACUGUACGAAGGCGGCCUGGGCACUCAAUCGUGCUACGCACUGCGUGAAGACGAAAGUUCCGCUUGAGCAGAGAAUGGUUUUCAUUCAUGUUGGUGUGUAG